AAGAUGAAUGUUGUUGUUGAUAAAUUGAAAGUAGGCAUUGUCAAUGAGAUGAAGGUAAGCAUGAGUGUUGUUGAUGAGAUAAAGGUAAGCAUGAGUGUUGUUAAUGAAGAUGAAGUGGCAUUUGUUAAUAUUAAAGAUUUGAUACUAGUUGCAGAUAUUGAAGAUUCAAUACUAUUAUUUUGA